AUGGUAAAAUCAAGGUUCGCAAGUGGUGCUGGUGCUGAAGAGUAUGAACUGCUGUUGGAUGAUCAGAUUGAUUUCGUCCAGGCACUCCGACUGGAUGGAACUAAAGAAAAGGACCGGAAAGCACCGGUAUCUGAGGCGGAAAGGAAGAAGAUGGACAUUGAGGAAACGAAGAAAUCACUUCCAGUUUUUCCAUUCAAGGAGGAUCUCAUAGCCGCUAUAAAAGAACACCAGAUUCUUAUUAUCGAAGGAAAAACGGGUUCGGGAAAAACGACACAGGUUCCACAGUAUCUCUAUGAAGCUGGGUUUACAAAGGACGGCAAGAAGAUUGGAUGUACUCAGCCUCGUCGCGUGGCAGCGAUGUCCGUGGCGGCACGUGUUGCACAGGAAAUGGGCGUCAAGUUGGGCAACGAAGUUGGUUAUAGUAUUCGUUUCGAGGAUUGCACAUCCGAGCGGACUGUCAUUAAAUACAUGACAGAUGGUACGUUGCACAGGGAGUUUCUUUCGGAACCGGACCUAGCUUCGUAUAGUGUGAUGAUUAUCGAUGAAGCUCACGAGCGUACGUUGCACACGGACAUUCUGUUUGGAUUGGUGAAGGACAUUGCGCGGUUUCGGUUGGAUUUGAAACUACUGAUUUCCAGUGCCACGUUGGAUGCGGAAAAGUUUUCGGAUUUCUUCGAUGAUGCGAACAUAUUCCGUAUUCCUGGCCGUCGUUUUCCGGUUGAUGUCUUCUACACCAAAGCACCGGAAGCAGAUUAUAUCGAUGCAUGUGUGGUGUCGGUUCUACACAGCAAAAAAAGUUGUUGA